AUGAUUCUUCCCCCGCAUACUCACAUUACAAACGUAUUGUCCUUUGGUACCAUCAGGGCCAUCGCCCUAAGCCUCCAAGAGUCCGCCACAAUCGCCCCCGGACCAGCACCCAUCGCACCUUUCCCUGGUCCAGUCCACGGAGACGACGAUGACGAAGAAGCUCAAUUCCAGGAACAACUCCGAUUAGCCAUGGAGGCCUCCAAAGCCGAAUCCUCUCGCCCUCUACCACGAGCGCAACCACAACCUGAACCCCGAGGUUCAUCAUCUUCCACGUCGACUGAUCAACCUCCCGCACGAGAAUCAGAAACUCCAGAUCAAACAUCGGGGACAUCGACACCGACACCAUUCUUGUCUGAGAGAGCGCAGAUGGAGAAGGAGAGGUUGGCGAGGCUGAAAAGAUUGAGAGGCGACUCUGUGGACGAUGGGAUGGGUGGCGGUGGCGGUGGGAAGCCAGAACCGCCGAAGAAGAGGAAAACUCCGGAGACGAGGGAGGUCAGGGGAGGGGCUACUCAGUCCAACGCUUCCUCUUCUUCAAGAGGUAGAAAUGCGCCGAAGGGAACUGUAACGCAGGAAGAGGAGGUGUUCUGGGAUGGCGAAGUCAGGCAGACGAGGAAUAAACAUGUUGAUCAGGGGAAGAAUGGAGAGGAUGGAAAGCCUGUGUUUGGGUUGACGAGUAUCAUUGGCGACAAAUCCCAGGUCGCGUUCGCCAUCAUCUCAUCAUACGCACUCCAACUCUCAUGGAUCUACGAAUUCUUCGACCCAAGCACUCCCGUCGUGAUGGUGGCACAACCCACUGAAGCAGAGAAGGGGCAAAAGACGAUCAAGGAGAUAUUGCCGAAUUGGAUCAGGGUGACGCCGUUUUUGAGGAGUGGGUAUGGGGUUAUGCAUAUGAAGAUAUUCUACAAAUCUGGCCGUCUCCGCAUUGCCAUAUCGACUGCCAACCUCGUCGACUUCGACUGGAAAGACAUUGAAAACACCGUCUGGAUCCAAGACGUCCCUCAACGCUCGAAACCUAUCCCACAUGACCCUAAAGCAGAUGACUUCCCCACCGCCUUUGAACGGGUGCUCAAAGCCUUGAACGUUGAGCCCGCGUUGACCAGUCUCGUGCACAACGACCACCCAACAAUCCCCCUCUCCUCCCUGCACCCCGGCUCCCUUCGCACAGCCUACGACUUCUCCCGCGUCAAAGCACACCUCGUACCCAGCCUCGCGGGUAAGCACGAGCAUUGGCCACAAGUUCUGAGGGUCGGGGAGACGGCGCUGAUGAAGGCUGUGAGGGAGAUUGGGUGUGAGGUCGGGAGCGGGAGUGGAGGUGGGAAGAGGGGGAAGUUGAGGGUCGAGUAUCAGGGUUCGUCGAUAGGAACAUACUCCACCCAAUGGAUCAACGAAUUCUACAUCUGCGCGAGCGGGACGAGUCCAGAGAAAUACCUCGACAAGACGAAGGCAUCGAAGUCGAAAUUGCCGUACCCGGAUUCGAUGACGAUAUUGUUUCCGACGAGGGAAUGGGUUAAAGGGAGUGUGCUUGGGGAGGCUGGCGGCGGGACGAUGUUUUGUCGUAAGGAUCAAUGGGACGCCCCAAAAUUCCCGAGGGAGCUAUUCGGGCAGUCGAAGAGCAAGAGGGGAAAAGUGCUCAUGCAUAGCAAAGUGCACGAGAGCAGCGUCACCGAAUCAGAAUCCGAGUCCGAACCCGAACCGCCGCAAGAUGCAGAAGAAUCGGAUAGCGAUCUCGAGAUUGUGGAGAAAAAAGCAAAGGCGGUAGGAUGGGCGUAUGUCGGUUCGCAUAAUUUUACGCCGUCGGCUUGGGGGACGUUGAGUGGGAGUGGGUUUCAUCCUGUUUUGAACAUCACGAAUUACGAGCUCGGGAUCGUCCUUCCGCUGUACUCAGAGAAGGAUAUCGAAGAUGUAUGUUGUUACGAGCGGCCUGUGAAGAAGUACGCGAAGGGGGAGAGACCUUGGGUACGUUUAUCUGUCUUUCAUCUGUUACACUCCCCUUUCCUGUCUUUCUACCUUUCACUCCCUGUCCCUCUUCGUUUCGCACCUUGCUGGACUUUGACCAGACGGACGUGGAUGUUGAUGCUUAUUUCAUGGGUGGCAUAG